AUGUUCUUGUCCGUGAUAUUUUGGCUUGCUACAUUGUAUUCUUUGUUUCUAUCACAGCUAGAUACUUUGUUUGCCUCUUUUCAUCUUUUGCUUGCCGCCUUUCGAUUCUCCUUUGCUCGUCUUCGUUCUCUUCUCCUUUGCUCGUCUUUUUUUCUUUUCUCCUUUGUUCGUCUUCGUUUUCUUCUCUUUUGCUCGUCUUCGUUUUCUUCUCCAUUGAUUGUCUUCGUUUUCUUCUCCUUUGCUCGUCUUUUUUCCUUUUCUCCUUUGUUCGUCUUUUUUCCUUUUCUCCUUUGUUCGUCUUUUUUCCUUUUCUCCUUUGCUCGUCAUUUUUCUUUUCUCCUUUGCUCGUCUUUUUUUCUUUUCUCCUUUGCUCGUCUUCUUUCUUUUCUCUUUUGCCCGCCGCCUUUCAUUUCGUCUUUCGUUACUUUUUUCCUUUCUUAUUUCCCUUGUUUUGUUCUUUUCCCUUGUUUUUUCCUUUUCCUUGUUUUUUUUUUCCUGUUCAUUGUUUUUUUCCUUUUCCUUGUUCUUUGUUCUUUGCCUUGUCAUUUCUUUCCUCCUUUCGUCUUUCUUUCCUUUUUCUUUUUUUUUUUUGUAUUCGGUUUUUAUUUAAAUAACGUUUACCCCCCCUCUCUCUCUCAAUUACUAGAAUUUAUUAUUUUUUUAAUUUCCCAUUCUCCUUUACGUCAUUUCUUCAAACCUUCUCCUUUCGCACCAUGCUCCUUUCUUUUUUCUUUCGUCCGUUUUUCUCUUUUAUUCUUUCCUCCUCCUUGCCACUUUCAGAGGAAUUUUGUGGCCUUUUCUCUUUCUUUCUCUUUUUCUCUUUGUUUUUUUCUCUUUUUCUCUUUGUUUUUUUCUCUUUUUCUCUUUGUUUUUUUCUCUUUUUCUCUUUUUUUUUCUCUUUUUCUCAUUCUUUUUUCUCUCUUUUUCUCUUUCUUUUUUUCUCUUUUUCUCAUUCUUUCUCUUUCUUUCUUUCUCUUUUUCUCUUUCUUUCUUUCUUUCCUUCUUUCUUUUUCUUUUUCUCUCUCUUUCUUCUCUUUUCUUUCUUUUUCUUUUUAUUUCUCGUUUUCUUUCUUUUUCUCUUUUUCUCUCUAA